GUCAAUAAUAAUGGUCGCGUUUUCUGUAAAAAUUCUAGUAAACCAGAUCCCAUUCAUGUUGUCCGAACUUCGAAGUGUCAGCGUCAGCGCUUCAAAGAAGUAUCAAAGCGACAUCAUUUCACUAAAAACCAGUAAACAGAAGGGCGUUAAAGCUCAAGAGCCAGGGUUGGUAUGUGCAGUGAGAAUCAGUCAUUAAUAAAUACUGUGGUUUCUCAUAAUGGAUCGACAAGUUUCAUCUUUAUGUCAGUUGAAAACAAGGAGACUGCCAUGGCUUAUGGGCAUGCUAUUUGCUGUUAUUAUAGUGUUCCAAUAUUUUCAGCCUCCAAGUGGUAAUGUUCUGUGGUCUUUAUAUUCUGCUGGUAAGGCUUCAGCAGUUGGAAAUAGUAGCUUCCAGAUUGAAAAUCCACCAUCUAAACCUGAGAUGAUUGGUAACAUGAUACUUUGGAACAGUUCAAACUCCACUAGUACACAUGUUAUUAAUGAGAGAACUACUAAUAUUGGAAUGCCUGAAGUAACAGAUAAGAACCCUAGGAACGGUGUUGUAUCAGAGGAAAAUGGAGGCCAAAACAAAUAUUUAGGAUUAGAUGAGAAUAACGGUGCUAAUAAGGGGCCUUCAUCUGAGAAUGUGGAAAUGGUAAACAGAAACUCUACAAUUUUUAAUGGAUCUGCACCAGAGGAGGCUAAAGAACCUAAGCAAAGCUUUUAUCAAAAGAACAAUACUGCAGAUGGUCAUUUUUCAGUAGGUAAUGUUGGAAACAGAACUAAUAGUUCUGUACCAGAGCACAUUGGAAGCUCAGGUGAUCGUUUUGCAACCACUUCACCUGCAAUACCAUCUACAAAUUCAUCGCCCGAGGCAGUUUCUCCCACCAGCAUGGAUACAGAUCUUAGAACACCUUUUGUUGAGUCCAAUUCAUCUGAGAAAAAUGGAAAUACCACUUCUGAGAGCAAUAAAAAUUCUGGGCAAUUGCAAAGUGGCCACACCCCAUCAGGAAAUAAUUCUUCUAGGAUCCCCAAGGUGACGGGGCAUGAUACACCAACCUCUGCGGUAGUUACAAUAUCUGAGAUGAAUGAGUUGUUGCUUCGAAGCCAUGCUUCAUACCAGUCAAUGACACCAAAAUGGUCUUCCAGCAUUGACCAAGAAUUGCUGUAUGCAAAAUCACUGAUCAAGAAUACAACCAUCAUAAAAAAUGAUCCAAAACUUUAUGGUCCUCUCUACAGGAAUGUUUCCAUAUUCAAAAGGAGCUAUGAGUUAAUGGAAGGCACCCUCAAAGUAUAUAUUUAUAGGGAAGGGAAAAAACCCAUCUUCCACCAGCCACCACUCAAGGGAAUAUAUGCAUCCGAGGGAUGGUUCAUGAAGCUGUUGAAAGCUAACAAACAAUUUGUGACAAAAAACCCUAGGAAGGCCCAUCUGUUUUACUUACCCUUCAGCUCUAGAAUGUUGGAGAUAGCAUUAUAUGUUCCUAAUUCGCACAGCCAUAAGAACCUUAUACAGUAUUUGAAGAACUACUUGGACAUGAUUGCCGCAAAGCAUCCUUUCUGGAACAGAACUGGAGGAGCAGAUCAUUUUCUUGUUGCUUGCCAUGACUGGGCCCUAGAUGAAACAAAUAAACAUAUGGCUAAGUGCAUAAGAGCCCUCUGCAAUGCUGACAUGGAAGGUUUUGUUCUUGGUAAGGAUGUAUCUCUUCCGGAAACAUUAGUGCUCUCCCCUCAGAAUCUAGUGAAGGCACUUGGAGGAAAACCUCCUUCCCAGACGUCAAUCCUUGCUUUCUUUGCAGGAAGCAUGCAUGGUUAUCUACGGCCAAUCCUGUUAAAGCACUGGGAAAAUAAAGAUCCUGACAUGAAAAUCUUCAGCCGAUUGCCUAAGGCCAAGGGCAAUAAGAACUAUAUUCAAUACAUGAAGAGCAGCAAGUAUUGUAUAUGUGCAAAAGGUUAUGAGGUCAACAGUCCACGAGUGGUGGAGGCCAUAUUUUACGAGUGUGUUCCAGUGAUCAUAUCUGACAAUUUUGUUCCACCAUUUUUUGAAGUUUUGAACUGGGAAUCCUUUGCUGUUUUUGUCUUGGAGAGGGAUAUUCCAAAUUUGAAGAGUAUACUCCUUUCAAUCCCAGCGAAGAGGUAUCUUCAGCUGCAGAUGGGAGUGAAAAAGGUACAACAGCAUUUCCUUUGGCAUGCUAAGCCUAUAAAGUAUGAUAUAUUUCAUAUGAUUCUACACUCCAUUUGGUACAAUAGACUUCACCAAAUAAGUCGCUGAUAACUAAGAAAGACAGCUGACCCCUUCUGGGUAAGUGGCAAUGGAGUAGACAUGUAGAAUUAUCAGAAAUUCUUUUACGAUGAUACCUAGCACUUAGCACAUUUUUUUAUGCAAAUAAA